GACUGAGCAGUGAUAUCGGCAACCGUUGGGCGGCAAGUCACCAAUACAUCGAUAGCAAGACCGUUCCCACAAUGCAGUUGUUUUGCGAUUUGGGCAGAAGCUCCAGUUAUCGCUUCAAACGCCUUCUCAGAAACUGGCCACUUGUCAGAAGAGCGAUUCUCCGCAAAUCGUACCGGUCUUCCGAACCGUCCGACUACUGUCGAACUAUAAAGUCUCGCUGUAGGCCGUCUGUUGACCGGCAGGAAAACGAAAUUCGUCGUUAAACACCAGGGACCGAAUUCACGAAGCUCUGCCUUUUGUGACGACCUGUUCUGUCUCGAACGUGCCCUUCAACAUGGAUUACGGGUUCCUCACUCUGAUUCUGGUGGCGUGCAUCGCUCCGCAAGGCAUCUCGGGCGCCUACUACGGCAAGACUAUCGGUCCGGUCACGACGUACGCGCACAGUUUUAGUGGCAACGUGUACGCCGCCAGCGAUAAGAGUAUCGUCAUCACGAACCUCAACUACGACGGCAAUGGCCCAGCGGCCUACUUCUGGGGUAGCUUCAGCCCUGAACUGGACGACAAAGGAGAGCAGCUGCCCGACGAGAACGGAAGUAUGAAGGUCCUCAAGGGCUACCACAAUGCCCAGGUUCUCCUGAAUCUCCCUAGGAAGAUCACCGACUACAAGUCUAUCGGCAUGUACUGCAAGCAGUUUUCGGCCGACUUCGGCAACGUCAAGAUUCCGGCAGGCUACGAGCUGCCCAGGGAGCAGAGCCUGGGCAGACUCAACUCCAAGCAGCAUAACACCAUGGCUGCCGAGGUUAUCCUGAAGGACAGCGCUACCAUGAUGCUUAGGCAGUUCGAGUAUGGAGGAAAUUGCCCAGGGUCUGCCUUCUUCGUGGCUGGUCCUAGUGCAAACCCUCCGGUGGAGCAGCUGACCCACCUUAUGUACGACGACGGAAAGACGGGCAAGCUGGAGCGCUAUGACAAGAAGGACGUGAUGGUCAAGCUGCCCCUCGGCCACCACUGGAACGAGUACAGGUGGUUCUCGGUGUACUGUAUGGACAAGAAGCAGAGUUACGCAGACAUCGGCAUCGACAUGGCUGUGGCAGAGAAGCUGCCCCUGUACGAUCCCAGCUCGGCCGGUCCUCCUUCUUCGUCAGGUUCGGUGCUUGGUCCACUCUCGGCGCUGUCUACGUUUAGUAUGAGCGUGGCCAUGCUGCUGGCAGCUAUCGCAUUCCUGCGAUGAAAUGGGACUGAUCAUCGCGUGAAAACUUGCUGAUGGAGGCUGCUUUCUAUGGUAAGGUGCCAGUGCACCACGGCCGUGUUCGCGCAAGCAACCAGGAAUAAAGUUCAGUGGAGUGAUGGACCCAGUUGAUAUCAAACCCUUGGCAGCGUGCAUAGAAGGACUGUGGUGGUGCUAGUGUGUUCUCGCUGCCGUGAAUAAAAGCUCUCUUGCAGAGCCUGUUUUUA